AAUCGUUUUGCUGUACAAUGCACUUGACGCCCGGUGCUCGCUCGUUCACUGCAUUUUAGCGCUCUGCUUAAACAUAGUGCAUUUCCUUAAAGCUGCAAAACCCAACAAGACAAAAAGAGGCCACACUUUCAGAACCUUCAGGUUGUUGCCAUUGGUGCAAAGACUUCCGGCUGCUGAUACAUUGUACCAGUGCGACGAGCUGCACGCUCAUAGCAGACAGACCGCGGGGCGGUGAGUGUCACUUGAAAUCGUUGGUAACUCUUCACUUUGCUCCUAAAUCGUUAGAGGGACGGAGGCAAGCGAGUGGCACGGACCGGAGUACCUGCAAGUUUUAACCAUUUCACUCUUUUUGGAGGAAUAUUUCAAGGUGGACCGUCUUUCUUUUAAGAAAAGGUUUUUGUUCCGUUUGCAAUCUAAUCGAUCAAUUCUUGUGCACAGCAUUGAGCAUGUAUAUACUUUAACACAAAAUGCACAGUAUCGGGAAAAAAUAAAAUAAAACGGAAUACGCCUUUGUGGGUAUUGUUUGGACUCUGUUUAGAGCAGCGAAUAUAACACGAGCCACAACUGGAAACUGACGACGAAGAGGGUGCGCUUGCCAUUUACAAGGAGAGCGAAUUUAAUUUGGAUUCGAUAUACUGGACUAAAACCUGAUCUUUAUGGCACGUUGAUGACCCUAAUAAUUGUGAGCUGAGUUGAUUUUUUUCUCUUGUGGGAUUGGUGCGGUUCUGGCCGCGCGUAUAUUCGCAUCACUUUCCCCAGCGGUAUUGCGAUCAGGACAAGCCUGGAUUAACUGGGCGGUAUUUACAAAGUGGACUCUGGGAACAAAAAGCGUGGAGGCUAUUCGAGGGUUUCGAUUAUAAACAACGGAAUCUCGAUAAUCUGUUGAACACCGUGGCUAUGGCGUGUGCGAAUAAAUUUGACCUUAUUGUUGGAGUUGUUUUAGUUUUGCAGUCUCUUGGAAUUGUCUUUCAAGUGACCAGGGGGGAUCUGAUACCAGCAAACGGGGGGUUGUACUCGCACGUGGGAGGAACGCCUCCCUCGGAGGAGAGCGACCCGGUGGAGGUGAAGCUCUCCAGCGGCAGGUGGAGGAGGUGGCUCUCCCUGCCCAAAUCCACGGACAGUAACAGGGCCAGCCAGGACCAGGAGUCGGACAGCACCGACCCGGACCGGUUCCCCGGCCUGUUGUCAGACGAGGACAACGACAACAGCUCUCAGAUCGAGGAAGAUACGGAUCACAACUACUACACAUCGAAAAUGUUCGGGCCGACCGACCCCACGGCCAGAGACCUGUGGGUCAACAUCGACCAGAUGGACAAAGAGAAGGUGAAGAUCCACGGCAUCCUGUCCAACAGCCACCGGCAGGCCGCGCGUGUGAAUCUGUCCUUUGAUUUCCCCUUUUACGGGCAUUUCCUGCGGGAGAUCACCGUGGCAACUGGUGGUUUCAUCUACACCGGCGACGUGGUUCACAGGAUGCUGACCGCCACCCAGUACAUCGCUCCCCUGAUGGCGAACUUUGACCCCAGCGUCUCCAGGAACUCCACCGUCAUUUACUUUGACAACGGCACUGCUCUGGUGGUCCAGUGGGAUCAUGUCCAUCUCCAGGACAGUUACCACCUGGGGAGUUUCACCUUCCAGGCCACCCUUCACAGCGAUGGGAGGAUUGUCUUCGCCUACAGAGAGAUUCCCAUUCUGGUGACUGAUAUCAGCUCCGUCAAUCACCCUGUCAAAGUGGGGCUGUCAGAUGCAUUUGUGGUCGUGCACAGGAUCCAGCAAAUACCCAAUGUUCGUAGGAGAACGAUCUACGAGUACCAUCGUGUGGAGCUUCUGAAAACCAAAAUCACCAACUUCACAGCCGUGGAGAUGAUUCCCCUUCCCACAUGCCUCCAGUUCACAAGCUGUGGACCUUGUGUCGCGUCUCAGAUUGGCUUCAACUGCAGCUGGUGCCACAAGCUCCAGAGGUGCUCGAGUGGCUUCGACCGCCAUCGCCAAGACUGGGUGGAUAGCAGCUGUCCUGAUGAGACAAAGGACAAAAGCUGUGACCUUGUGAUCAACACCACACAGGUCUACUCGUUCACAACACCGCCAGCCCCCAGGACCACUGUGAGGAGCAGGCUGACCACAACCACAAUCAUGGCCACCUCUACCUCCCACCUUCCCACCAGCAUCCCCACAGAAGAUGACACCAAGAUCGCUCUGCACCUCAAGGACGGCGGAGCCUCACCGGCCGACAGCUCAGCGGACAUGAAGCAGGGGAGCCUGCACACGGGCCUCAUCGUGGGGAUCCUGAUGAUCAUGCUCAUCAUGACGGCCGCCGUCCUCCUCACGGUCUACAUGUACCACCACCCGACGUCCGCCGCCAGCCUCUUCUUCAUCGAGAGACGUCCCAGCAGGUGGCCGGCCAUGAAGUUCCGCCGUGGGUCAGGACACCCUGCCUACGCAGAGGUGGAGCCGGUGGGACAGGAGAAGGAGGGCUUCAUCGUGUCGGAACAGUGCUGAGGGUCAUCUCUCUCUUUUUCUCUUUCUCCCCUGCUCUCUCUUUCUCUCUCUCUUUCUGCGUCUGUUUCCCAUGGACAGAGCACCAGUACUGGCUUACAGGUGUGGAAAUAUGUUGGGUGACGUUAACUUUUUUUUUUUUGUUAUUGGUAAACAAAACACAUGUGAUUUAGCCUCUAACUUCUGAAGAAAAAGAAAAAAGGAAUGAUGGAUCCAACCUUCAAGAGGGCAAGAACCUCCUGGACAGUAUUCUUCCUCUGUGAACGUAAAGUCCUCCCCUUCCCCCUGUAUAAUACCUUCUGAAAAGCUUUGAGACCCACCGAGGGGCAACUACUGUCCGUGUGACUAUGCCAAGAGCAUAAUUUCAGAGAAGGCUUGUGUACUGUUCUUCAGAGAACACUUGUACUGUGAACAGCCCACAGCAGAGACCCAUCACUCACUUGAAGGCACACACGGUUGUCUAAGGAAGGAGUGACUUGAAUUAAGCAGAGAAAUCGGGCUGUAAUGCUCUUGUAAAAGUGUAUAGCUCAACUGCCAUUAUUUCCUGCAUCUCUGCCAGUGUGAGGCUUUGAAGGGAGGAGAGAAACAAUAUAUUUUUGAAAAUCACACUUUGAGACAAAAGAUGUUUCAAGUUUCAAAUUAAGAUAAGGGUUUUGCUUCUCAUGCAUCAUUUAAUGGGGGUUUCAGUUGUGAUUUUAUUAUUGUUGUUUUGAUUUUUUUAACAGGGAUUUUCUUAUGCAUCUUUAUUGCUUUGCAUUUGGUUGCAUUGUUUGAAUUUUUGCCACCAGAAAUACGAGACUGUUUUCCUUUCCUAUGAUCAAGGCUGUGUAACCCAGUGUGAGCAAUGUACAGGUAUAAUGAUGAAGCUUGGGCAGGUCACAGGUACAUUCAUUAGAUCAAUUAGAUCAACACAGAAAAAACUGAAAGGACUGGAGUUUGUACUCACUCCAUUACACUCUUUGUAAAUGUUACUGUGUUUCUAAACAAAGCCGUUUAUGUCCCCCUCAGUUUGAACAGUCAGUGCUGUGAGGUGCUUGUUCAAGAAUGUGGCUAAUCCUGCCUUUGCUCUGCUGUGUGGGAUCAAUAAACAUGGGUUCAUGGAUAUAUUUUACACUGCAUGAGUGAAAAACCAGAUUGGUUGGGUUUAAUUAGAUGUUUCAGUGCCGCCAUCCUUCAUACUUUCAUUAAUUUGACUCCCCAAGUUUUCUUUUUUUAGGUUUUAUCAAUGCUCAUUGUAUAUAUAUAUAUAUAUAUAUAUAUAUAUAUAUAUAUGUGUAUAUAUAUAUAUAUAUAUAUAUAUAUAUAUAUAUAUAUAUAUAUGCCAUUUUAAAGUAAAUUACAAGACAGGUGCUUUGGCUGGUGCCCAUGUGCAUGUGUGCUUGUGUGUGUAUGUAUAUGUGCAAAUGUGUGUGUGUGUGUUUGUGUGUGUGCGUGUUUGUGCGCAUGUAUAGGUGUGUGUGUGUGUGUGAGUGCGUGUAGAUGCAAGUGAUGAAGCUGUGUAUGUGUGCAUGUGGGUGCUGUGUAAUUCUGAUUGGUUGGUUUUACUUCAUCUAGCCUGUGCGACACACAGUGAAGGAAUGCAUAGACUGAGAAGAAUGGAGGUACAGCAUUUAUGAAAAAGCAUAUCUUAUUCUGUGGAAACCUGCUUCACCAGGAAAGCUGUCUUAAAACAGCAAAUACCCAGCUUCCAUCACACACUGAGGAAGAGCAAAGAGCAGACAGUAAAGCAGUUGUGUGUAGCUUUGAACCUGUAUAUCAAGACAAUACCCACACUUGGUUGAUGGUUAUGCAGAUGUGAUAUUUUCAGUCUGACAUUUGUAUGGGGAAGGAUUUACAUGGAUUGUUUGGAAUCAUUUAAACCUGGUAUAGCUUGAUUUGGGCUCUGUAAGAGAAUGAAAACCUUUGUGCAUAGUAAUAACAUUUGCAGAUUCAGGUUGCGAUGCAAUCAAACCUUAAUAGUUUUAGUAUAGCAUUUAUGCUCCAGUCUUCUGGGUGCCAUUCUUUCUGUUUUCAUUUCAACAAUGGGAUUUUUGAUCACCCUGCCAAUAAAUAACAGCUUGGCUAGAUCGUUAAAAAAUAUUUUAGUACAUAGAUGAUAUUGAUAUAGACGUACUAAGGCAAAUACAAAAUACUGGAAACUUUAUUUUUUCUUACCUUUUGUUUACACUGGCAUGGAUACAGUGGUGAGUGAGAAGUUACGGCUGGAUUUUGCACUUUUUGGUGUUUUGCCAUAUCAUGGAUUAUGAAAAAAAUUCUAUGUCAAGUGUUAACUAGCCCCUGACAUUUAUUGUGUACGUACAGAGCUAUGUACCAAUAUUCUUUAUAAUUUAAUUAAAAUAUGGAUGACAAUGUAAAAUUAAUAAAAUACAUUAAUUGUCAUUCUUCAGACUGUACAAUUCAUCUUUAUGGUCAAUUGUGUGUCUCCCUCUGGGAACCGAGCCACUGAGAGGGUCUGGAGUAUACAGCACAAACUGCUUUAAGAACAACUGCUCCUAUACUAGAUACACCACUAGUAGCCCUUACUGAGGGAUUCCUUUAAAGUUAAUAUCCAACAUAAAAUAUGGAAUUCAUCAAGCAAAAAUGCAUACGCUUUCAUGCAAAAUAGUCCAUUUCGCACAUUCUCAAUUACACUGGCCAGAAAGCCACAUCGUGAGAUUAUGGGUUUUUGCUUUGGACAAUUGCACGUGUGCACAUAACAAGAGGCGAUGCCAGUGUUGUUAUAGGUCUCUAACUCAGCCACCUGCACAUCAAACUGAAGUUGGGAACCCUGCUGGGAGCCUUGAGCAUGGACUUCUCAACCUUAACACUGACACCAAAGACACAUCUCCUUUUUCAACUUUAGUCCAAACCAUCUGAUUUCACUUUUUAUAUAUUUUCACUCAUACUCAAGGCAAUCAAUUAUUCCUCAGCUACUCCAAAAUAAUAAUUUUUUUAAAUAUGAAAAACAUUUACACAAGUACCAACACAACUCAAGUUUUGUUUUCAUGCAAGCACCUAUGCAAACUUCACCUGUUCCCUAGUACUAAAGAGAACCUUUUAUGACAUCUUGUAAAGCUGGACCAAAAGUGAAAAAAAGGAAGAUGGAAGGUGAAGAAAUGGCAUUUACUUUCCAUGUCUGUGGACCUUUCAGAAACUGGAUUUUUUUCUCCCCUCUCUGGAGAAUUUAGCUAGUUAACUUUACAUCUGUUUGUCAAAUACAGUUUCCUGAAACUGCAAAUGUUAACCACUGUCUAAAUUUGCACUAAAAUAAACUAAAUAAGGCUUGUUUGGUGGUGCUGUGAUGUUGUGUGAGUGUGUUGGGGAAACAUGGGUUAUUCUGCAGUAAUCUUAGCAGUAGGCUGAAUAAUUACUGUAUUUCCUGCCAUAAAUUUUGCAAAUCUAAUCAUGUCAAUGUUGUAAUCACUUGCAUCACUUCACCAGAUCAAUUGUUUUCACACGUUUAUCUUAACAUGCUUUUAGCUGGGGAAAAGCAAUGUUUUGCCAUUAUUAAAAAUAGAAUAUACUAUUGAAGUGGGUUAUUCUUUUGUGAAAUACCAAUUUAAUGCAAACUGUGCUGGACGGACAGGGAUAAUUAUGUUUCUGCCAUAUGAUUGUCUGUACUACAGCGUUAAGAGUAAGGAUUUGAGUCUCUCGCCGUGAGUCUGCUUGUUUCAAGCUUUUCACAUUGCUUGUAGGACACGCAGACCCAAAUCAAACAGUACCAUCGCUGUAUGUUGUUUCUGUAACUACUGUCAUUUUGACUACAUUUGAAAUAAUAAAGAAUGUUGUUUUAA